UCCCUGUCAGUCGAGUAAGCAUGUCGCUAGCCGGCUAGGAAACUAGCUGGCUGGAUCACUCUUUGGGCUUGGAGGACGGGUUCUCUAGCUAGUUAGAUAGCUAGAUAACUAACCUUCUAUUAGAUGAAAUUGCAAUAUCUCAAUAUCUCAUAUUGAGCGGGCUAGCUAGUUGUCCAUCCGCUAUAGUGAUUAACAGAAAAGAGAAAUAUUUGCUACCAAUUAUUCUACUUAGCGCUAGCUAGCUACCAUUGGCUAAUAUGGAUAAUUUCUUUGCAUGUCGCCUGGUUUAACUAUUUUACUACUCAUCUCACCUCUGAACUGUCAAAGAAUAUGCAGUUAACGCUUCCAUACUGUGCUUGCAGACAUCCUUGAAGUUUUGCUUAAGAUGCCCGUGUUUAUAAUUUGAACUUGAAAUUAAAUUUAUGACUACCGACCUAAGAUAGCUAGAAUAGUUAGCAUAAAUACUGAAUAACAUGAACAUGUAAUUGCAUAUUAGACAUUAGAUCAGGAUUAAUUUCUCAAGACUCUUGCAUUUAGUUUUGGAGGUGUUAAGUAGUUGUAAGCGUGAUUGCUAGUAGCAUGUCACGUCAGUGUUCUUUGUUCACGCUUAUCUGUCUACAUGCAGAAUGUCAAGCAAUCCUGUAAUACCUAAGUAGACUAUAGCCAGAGUCACUUCCUGAACUCCUCAGAUCAUCGACUGCUGAUCAUUAAUGGGUGUCCUGUUUGGUUUGAUAUGAACGAAACACUAGACUAUGCCAAAUGCCUUGUUUGUAAAGCUUCUUCUCGAAAUGGUACUUUAUUUGGACAAGACUGCUAUACAGGAAAGUAUCUUCAGUGCGUGGUCCUCAAUGUGACGGACCGAAACUUCGAAUCCAGUUACGCUAUGGGUCAAGACCGGGGAAAAUACGAUUUUUACAUCGGUCUUGGUUUGGCUAUUAGCUCCAGUAUAUUCAUUGGAGGAAGUUUUAUACUUAAGAAAAAGGGACUCUUACGACUUGCCAGGAAGGGCUCUAUGCGAGCAGGUCAAGGUGGUCAUGCAUACCUAAAAGAAUGGCUGUGGUGGGCUGGUUUAUUAUCAAUGGGAGCUGGUGAAGGUGCAAAUUUUGCAGCAUAUGCUUUCGCUCCGGCCACCCUGGUUACUCCUCUUGGGGCUCUCAGUGUACUUGUGAGUGCAGUCCUUUCAUCCUACUUCUUGGUGGAGAGAUUAAACUUGCAUGGCAAACUGGGCUGUCUGCUCAGUAUCUUGGGCUCCACCACCAUGGUAAUACAUGCACCACAGGAGGAGGAGAUCGACAGCCUGGAAGAUAUGUCCAAGAAACUGGUCGACCCAGGCUUUGCGGUCUUUGCAACAUUCGUCAUCAUCGUAGCUCUCAUUUUCAUCUUUGUGGUUGGUCCACGCCAUGGACAGACCAACAUCCUGGUCUACAUAACUAUCUGCUCGGUGAUCGGUGCCCUGUCAGUAUCUUGUGUAAAGGGCUUGGGCAUCGCUAUCAAAGAAGCCAUUGCCGGAAAGCCGGUACUGGGAAACCCUUUGGCCUGGUUGCUGCUCCUGAGCCUGGUGGCUUGUGUUAGUACACAGAUUAACUACCUGAACAAAGCACUGGACAUCUUUAACACCUCACUAGUCACUCCCAUUUACUACGUGUUUUUUACCACUUCUGUGCUUACCUGCUCUGCCAUUUUGUUCAAAGAGUGGGAACACAUGGGCUAUGAUGACAUCAUCGGUACACUGACUGGCUUUGUUACAAUUAUAGUGGGCAUCUUCCUGCUGCACGCUUUUAAGGAUGUUAAUGUCAGUCUGGCUACACUGGCUGUUUCCAUCAGAAAGGAGGAACACAAUGGUCCUACGUCCAAUGGAGUGGCAGGCCAUAGCCAUUGCUCUUAUGAAUUACUGGACAAUGAGAUCACAGGGGAUUCUGAGGCCAGGGAGAUGGGCUUAGUUUUUGACAGUGUCUCCAGAAGAAAUGGAAGUACUGCAGCUUCUUAGGGCCAAAAAGGAACAGGGUUUGGAGCAGCUAAUCCAAUCCAAUAGUGUUCUGUUCUGCUGUGUGGACAUUCAGCACCUCACCUCACCCUUGACAAACUAAGGCAAUCGCAGGCAAAAAAGUGACUGAUGGACCAGCUGAUUGUAUGGGUGUUUUUUCCCCCUUUCUGCCUUACUUUCAUGGUUGAACUUUCAUGGUGUAAGGCUUCAUCUAAAUCCUCAUUCCUCUGAUUUCCUUUCUACAAAGUAUACUGAUCAGUCAUGUUCUUUUUAAUAAAGCAACCUUAUGUAUCUGAAUAAGGUACAGUCAUACUGAAUUAACAAAAGUCAGAUUUGUUACAUAUUUAUUGAAUUAAAAUCAGAUUACAGUUAUUCCAAUACAAAAAGCAAAUGUUUAACAGGAGUAAAAACAAUAUUAAACCUUAUUUUAAGAA